AUGGCCAAUGCCUUCAGGCACAACCACCGUCUUAGCCGGUGGUUAGAAGUGGGCCAGGCAAGUCGCAGCGCUGUUUACCGGGCGUGUGUAGGGCUUGCACCGUGCGAGGGUCAUGGGAAACGCAUGGCUCGCGCGGAGUUCUUCGAGCUCAGACCGUCGAUCCUAGCGCUCGAAUGA